GGCCCGGCAGACCCGCUGCGCACCCGGCUGCCUCGGCGCCCCGGACCCGAAAGUUUUCUCGGCCAGUUCGAGCUCCAGCGGUGGAAAUUUGAAGCCCGGGAUGAUUCCGUCCAACACGACGGUGCCGACGCCCUUUCUGACCGCACUGUGGCAGGGGACGGUGGCGCAGGGUGGCAACACAUCUGGCCUGGCCCGCAGGUCACCCCGCAGUGAUGAUGGCCAGCUGGCGGCACUCUACAUCCUCAUGGUGCUCGGCUUCUUCGGCUUCUUCACCCUGGGCAUCAUGCUGAGUUACAUCCGCUCCAAGAAGCUGGAGCACUCCCAUGACCCAUUCAACGUGUACAUCGAGUCUGACUCCUGGCAGGAGAAGGGCAAGGCAUACUUCCAGGCCCGGGUUCUGGAGACCUACAAGGCGGGUUACGUCAUUGAAAACCAGUUGGCGGUGGAACGACCCCACACACACCUUCCCGAGAUAAAACCUUUGUCAUGACCCCACGAUUGGUUAAAACUGGGCCAAUCCUACCUGGUGAUCUGAUUUUUCC